AAAAUUACAUUUUGAAAUAGUCUUUUUAUUUUCUAGACUCCACAUAGAAGAUUUACUAAAUUGGAAAGGUCAAUAAAUAUGGCAUGCAGAAAAGUUGACAGAACGAUUGCUAGGAAAAUAAUUGAUAGUAUCGACAACUUUCUGUUCGAUUGUGAUGGAGUUUUAUGGGAAGCAAGUAAAGAAAUUCCCGGUAGUGCUGAUACUAUUGCUGCUCUAAGGAAGUUGGGGAAGAAGAUAUUUUACAUUACAAAUAACAGUGGUAAAACAAGAAGCCAAUAUGUUGAGAAAUGUAAAAGUUUGGGGUUUCAUGCUGCUGAGGAGGAUGUGAUAUGUACAGGUCAUGCUGCUGCUCAAUAUAUAAAAGCUCAGAAUCUAAAGGGUAAAGUCUACUGUGUUGGUAAUACAUCCAUGGGAGUGGAGUUAGAUAGCUUUGGUAUAAAACAUUUUGGUAUAGGGCCUGAUGAAGUUCCAGGAUCUAUUGAACAAAUUGGAAUUCAACAACACGUAAAUCUUGAUCCAGAGGUCAGCUGUGUACUUGUUGGAUUUGAUCCACAUAUAAAUUACAUGAAGAUGACAAAAGCUGCUAGCUAUAUCAGAAAGAAUGGAACAUUGUUUGUAGCCACAAAUGAGGAUACACAUUUACCAUUAGCUGGGGAUCUAGUUGUACCUGGUACUGGUGCUGUAGUUGGUGCCAUUAAAAUACCUGCAAGAAAGGAACCAGUUGUGGUGGGAAAACCAAACUCUGUCAUGUUUGACCUUCUGAAGAAAGAACAUAACCUUGACCCUUCAAGAUGUAUGAUGGUAGGAGAUAGAAGUGAUACUGACAUCCAUAUGGCCAAUCUGUGUGGUAUGGACUCGUUACUGGUAUUCAGUGGUGAUAUGUCCUAUGACAGAUUACAGGAUCUCCAGAAGUCAGCUGAUACAGAUGACAAGAAACUUAAUAUACCCAAAUAUUAUUGUGAUAAAUUAGGUGAUCUAGGAAGUUUUAUACAACAGUUUAUAUAGGAUUCAUAGGUUUUAUAAUAAUUUAUUGUUUUUAGUGUUCAGAUCAAACAACAAUCACACGUACUGAAUGCUCAAUAUAUAUGCAUGUGAAUGUAGAUAUAUAGUCUACUUAUUUUGUAUUUGUCACAAACUUACCGUUUAAAAUUUAUAUGGCAAUAAUUAUUUGAAUUGUAUUGAAUAUAUAAACUAACCUUAAAAUAAUUGUAAACCAGUUUUUUUUUGUAGAAUUUGAAUUUCACAAUUUCUACGGUAAAACCAGCUUGCAGGGCUCUUUUACUUUUAACCUGUUUUCUUGUCAGUGAAACCUUUUAGAUAAUAAAUGUGCAAUGGUAUAUUUUGAUUUUUGUGAUUCUAUCUUUAGAAAUAAUAAACCACUUGUGAAAAGGAGUAGGGGCAUUAAGGCCUAGUUUUGGCCCAAGAAAAUAAAAUGUUUGAUAACAAUUUUAAAUUGGCACAUACUCUUUCGAAAUGCAUAAAGUCAAAUAAUUUAAAUAAAAUACAUAAAGAUUUUUAUCUGAUGAUGUCACAAUUACGUCAUCAUAUGUACUGUUUUCCCAAAAUGAUGAAAAAUACAGAAUUUAUGCAGUUUUCUAUCUUUAUUUCCGUUGUGGAAACAUCCUGCGCAGGCGAGAAACAACAAAAUAAUUUCACAGAAGCUUUAUUAUAACUAUUGGCAUAGUCUCACUAAAUAUAAAGUUGUUUCUUGGGUGCGCACAUACUUUUUUAAUCUAAAAUAUACUUAAAAUUUGAUGAAAAAACAAGGAAAUUCACAAUUUAACAAAAUAUGCAAAUCAGGUCAUGAUUUGUUGCCAUGAAUACUUGUUUCAUGUCAAAUUUGUUUUGUUUUUCUUAGUAAGUUAUACCUUAGUCAAGUUUUCAGUAAUUUGAAGAUAUGUAUGAUAACUUUUAAACUUGCUGCAAUUUUUGGGCCAAAUAAGGAUCUUAUUGCCCCUACUCCUUUCCCAAACAUUUACUACAUGUACUGAUAUAUUUAUGGUUCAUAGGACAACAAUAAAUACAUCUUUUUUGGCUUAUGUUUAUAUAUUUCAGGAAUCUGAGAUUUGUUUGCAAUAUGGCCUGUUGUUUUUAUUUUGUCUGACAGACUUUAAUGCUAUUUUUUGAUUUUAUACUAUAAAGAAACAGAAAUUGGAUGCAAAAUUUAUGAAACAUGUGAAAUGCUAUUAUGAUUCCAAAAUAAUAACUCAUUUUAGGAUACAUUACAAGUUCAUUAACCCAAAUUUUGAAUAUAUAGUGAUGUGGAGUUAUGUUUUCUGUGCCUAAAGAAUGACAAAUUGUCCUUCUGGAUCUCAGAAAAAAAGAUAUACAUAUUGAAUACAUGUGGUACACAUAUAUUAUAUUAUGUUUUACAAUAUAUGAUAAAAUUUGAUACAUAUUUUUUUCAAUAAAUAUAGAUAACAUUUA